UGAAGGUUGAUUAGAGUCAACGAGAAGGGGCGACAGAAGCGGUGGCAGCGGCAGAAGCGGUGGCAGCGGCAGCGGCAGAAGCGGUGCUCGGGUCUCGGCCGUUGCUCUCAUCAGGACGCAUUCAGGCAGUUAAAGAAGUAAUGAUGAUGAUGAUGCUCCAUGUUGAAAUGUUUGCCCCGCCAGUCUCCUCCUUCACGGUAGAAACGCCAGAGCUGCAAUGAAGGCAGGAGCCUCGUCCAUGUGGGCUUCAUGUUGUGGUCUGCUGAAUGACGUCAUGGGCACCGGGGCGGUCAGAGGCCAGCAGCCGGGGUUCGGGGCCGGGGCGGGACCCUUCAGGUUCGCCCCCAGCGCGGGGUACUCCACGUACCCCCCCAGCAGCUCAGGGAGCCCCAGUCCGGUGUGCAAGGCCUGCGGUCAGGCCUUCUCUGUCUUCAGGAGGAAGUAUAUGUGCGCUGACUGCAGGAAGAGUUUCUGCUGCGUGUGUUCGGAGCUCCAGGACGACCUCCGCCGGUGCGGCGUGUGCCGGUUGCUACGGGCGACGGCGUUCCAGCGCCCGCGGCUGAUGCGUCUGCGGGUGCGAGAACUGCGACAGUAUCUACUGCUGCGCAACGUCUCCACGGAAACCUGCAGGGAGAAGGAGGACCUGGUGGAGCUGGUGCUGUGUCACCACGGCAACCAUGAGGAGGAGGACGUGGGCUCGCCGUCCGCCGCGCGGUCGGCCUCCGAGCUGUCGCCGCUCGCUGCCGCGCAGGGACAGCCAAUCAGCCGCAGCGACAGCUCCGACACCAACCAGGACUCGGGUGAUGCAACGUCUGAGUCUCUGCUGAACCUGGACGCCGGCGAACGCACUCCGGAGGUCAGUCCUCCGACGCGGCGCCGAGCGUCUCUGUCGGACGUGUCCAGUCUGCGAGACGUGGAGGAUCUGUCCGUCCGCCAGCUGAAGGAGAUCCUGGCCAGGAACUUCGUCAACUACUCGGGCUGCUGUGAGAAGUGGGAGCUGGUGGAGCGCGUGGGCCGCCUGUACCGGGAGACCCAGGACAACCGGAGGUCACGGGAGAAUGUGAGCAGUACUGUAACCUCAGAUGUGGCCCCCCCCCCUACUCUCUGCAAUGGCGCUGUGGCCGAUGGUGAGAAGAGUCCUCUGGCGCUCCAUGACGACGGUCUGUGCCGUAUCUGCAUGGACGGUGUCAUCGACUGCGUCCUGCUGGAAUGCGGUCACAUGGUCACCUGCACCAAGUGCGGCAAGAGGAUGAACGAGUGUCCCAUCUGCCGGCAGUACGUGGUCCGCGCCGUGCACGUCUUCAAGUCCUAACGCUCCACACACACACACACACACACACACACACACACACACACACACAAAACUCUGAUCCUGUGGAUGCUACAACUCUCACCUUCUUUGCACAUUGAAGUAUUAUGAACAGAGUUAUCUACGGGGUUACAUAUGUCUCAUUAUGUGUGAACAUCUGUGUGUGAAUGUGUAAUCUGUAAAUAUUAACCCUGUGUUGUCUUCCCUGUCCUCCUUUUUGUUUUUCUGGGUCAAAAUGUAAAAAACGAUUCCAACGUUUUGGUCGACAUCUUCGUCACUUUUUUUCAAAGUUUCUGUCAAUAUUUUUCUGCGCUUUUUUUACGUUUUUUAAAGAUUUUACAUUUUUUGUCACUUUUUUGACAUUUGAUUC